UACAUAUUUUUUUUUAUUAUUAUUUUUAUUUUAAAAAAUAAAUAUUAAGAGAGAGAAACAAAGAAGAAGGGAGAAAAAAAACAGUUUUAUCAGGUACAUAAAUAAUAAUAAUAAAUAAAAAUAAAAAUUAAUUAAUUAAUUAAAAAAAAAUAAGAAGAAGAAGAGAAGAGAGAGACUCCAAUGGAAAAUCAAUUCUAAGUUUUCUGAAUGGAAACCCUAACCCUAAUCCGAAUUCGUAUAAUCGGAUCCUCCAUACUCGGCCCCUUUCGGAUCCUCCGUUCCUUCUUGUUCUUCGCCGGAGGUUGAGUCGCCGUCGUUGCCUUUUCCGGUGGUGGUUUUCGUUUAGGUUUUAGAGAGAGAGAGAGAGAGUGAGAGAGAGAUUGGUUGUUUUUGUUGUUAUGGGGAGUACGGAUUCGGGUACUGUUGAGUUCAGUGUUGGAUCGAUCGUUUGGGUGCGGAGGAGGAAUGGUUCGUGGUGGCCUGGGAAGAUAGUUGGGCCUGAUGAGCUUUCGGCUUCGCAUCUUACAUCGCCUCGUUCAGGGACUCCGGUUAAGCUUCUUGGCAGGGAAGAUGCCAGUGUGGAUUGGUACAAUUUAGAGAAAUCGAAACGUGUGAAGGCAUUUAGGUGUGGCGAGUUUGAUGAUUGUAUUGAAAGGGCAGAGUCCUCACAGGGCAUGCCUAUAAAGAAAAGAGAGAAGUAUGCGCGUCGGGAAGAUGCUAUUCUUCAUGCACUUGAACUUGAAAAGCAGCAGUCGAAGAAGCCAGGAAAGUUAGGUAUAGCUUCUGAUCGCACGAUCAAUAAGCCAUCUGGUGCAGUCAAAAAGGGGUUAGUUACAUCUUCAGAAAGUCUUGGAAUUGAUAGUGUAAAACUUGGAAAUCCCAAAUCAAAUCAGUUAUCUAAGAGAGUAGAUGUGUCCCAUAAGAAUGAGACUAUAGGUGGUCUUUUGUCUUCUCAAAAAUCCAAAGAGGGAAAUCAUCACCUCAGUGGGGAAGAGGAUCAUUCUGAUGUUACACCUCGGAUGAGGGGCUUGCAGGACUUUGGGCUCAGGACUGUCCCUAUAAAGACUAAACUUUCACCUUCUACUGCUUUAAAUGGUUCCCGGAAACCCAUUGUUGACCAUAGUGCUCAAGCUCUUCCUAGUGGCAGUCAUAAAAUGGAUGCAAAUCACUUGAAUGGUAAACAUUCUUUAGACACAAGGAAAAGGUCACAUGAGGAGUUGAGUGAUGAAUGUUUGGUCAAGAGACGUGACAAGCGACGACCUCUUGUCCAAGUUUUGCUGAAUAGUGCAAAAUUAGAAGUCCCCGAUUCAAUGCAACCUGACAGUGCUAAUGUUUCUACUUCUAUUUCAGGAAGGGAGCAUUUGGGAGUUGUUUUCAGAGCAAAGAGGAGUAGAUGUGUGUACUAUCCAGCAGACUCUAGUGAAUCCUUGGAAAAUAAAGCAAUAUCACAAAGUGACGUUGAGAUGUCAGAUUCCCAGAUUGGAGCUUCCUUACAUCGCAAUUCCUUGACUGAAGGGAACAUUUCUGGUUUUACGGAAGAUGAAUCGGGUUCGUCUGAAACAGGUUCUUCAGAAUCAGAGUCUGAUUCUUCUGAGACAGAACGUGAUGUGGAUGAAGAAAUGACAGUUUUUUCAGAUGCUGCUGUACCUAUGGAACAAAAUGUGAGCUCUUUGGGAAGAUACGAAGCACAAGAACAUGGACGCAUGGGAUGCGAUGAACCGGAUGAUAUGAUGCUUUCUGGUGAUGCCUCUCACUUUUAUGCUCGGUAUCCUACAUCUGCCAAUGAAUCAGUAUCCAAAUGGAAAUUAAAAGGGAAGAGGAAUAUUCGGAAUCUUACAAAGAGGUCAAUGGAUGCUACUGAUGAGAAAGGGUAUAUAUACGGAGCUUAUCAUGAAGAUAAGGAUUAUAGGGCAGAAAUGUUUGGACAGGACAACGGAUACUCUUCACCAAGAGCUGCAUCCAGACGUCGAAAUAUUGGUGGUCAUAAUAUAACUGACUGGGAUGAUUGGAAUUGGGAUGAACGGCCUUCUUCAAAAGGAUAUAGGAAUAUUAAAAGAGAACAAUUUGACCCACUUUUCGAUGGCCGUCAUCAGUUUGGUGGGAGAUCAGGAUCGAUUUUGAUAGACAUUGAUGUAAAAGUCCAAGCAAGGUAUCAGAAAGAGCCUGUUCCUAUAGUUUCUCUUAUGAGUAAGCUAAAUGGGAAGGCAAUUAUAGGGCACCCGAUCCAAAUCGAAACAUUAGAAGAGGGUUCGUCUAGUAAUCUCAUUCCAACAAUAGAUGACUAUGGCAACGAGCCAAUGGAACAUGACGGCAAUACAGCUCUUCCUCAAGCAUGGAGAACCGCGAGGAGGACAGCUAAGGUCCGUGUACCACGUCCUCAUUUAUCAUCAACACUCGAUGGUGAUGAAACUGCUUAUGAUUUUCCUUUCUUAGAUCGAGAAAAUAAACCGCCACCAUUCAACAAGAAAGGGAAUUUCAGUCAUAAACCCAACCUCAUAAGGAAGAACCCUCAUCAAAACUCAGCCUCACCAUACGAAAGAAAACACAAAAGGAUGCCAAAGAAAACAGCCUCACUAUCAAGCCAGAAAACAAGGACACUAUCAUCCAUACAUAACUUCAGUAACAAACUAACACACGAUAUCAGUGGCAGUGGUAACCAAAAAGAUGACGGGGUGAUGAAACAACCAGAGACAACAUCAUCUGGGCCGACAACAGUAGCUUGCAUACCUGUGAAGUUAGUUUUUAGUAGGUUACUCGAGAAGAUAAAUAGACCGCCCUCAACAUCAUCGUCAUCAUCAUCAUCGAAGAUAGCUGGGAACAACGGGGCAACAGCAGCAUUGUUAAAUAGUAAUGUGGAUAGGAAUCCAACAUAGAUUACUUGUACAUUUCGGGUCGGGGGAAGAAGAACAAUAAAAAUUAUACUGCUAGUAGUACUAUUACAAUCAUUUAUUGCUAAUUUAUUUAUUUUUCUGUUUCUAGACAAAAUUACUGCAGUUGGUUUUUGAAUAAUGAGAUGAAGCAGACAACAGGUAGUGAAGUUAGGAAGAAGAAGAAGAAGUCAUCAUCAUCAUCAUCAUCAUAUGUGUACAGAAGAAAUCAGCAGUUGAAAAAAAGGAAAGAGCUUUUUAAGAAUUUUUAGUGAGAUAAAAGAGAUUUGGAUUCAAAGUAUUUAUAAAAGUAUCUUGAUUUGUUUGUUUGUUUGUUUUUUCUUUUUCUUAUUUUCAACUGAUUUAGACAAAAGCAGCAUAUAUAGAAAGAAAAGUGAAAUUCAUUGUAGAUGAUAUCUUUUGAAUUUGUAUAAUCUUUUUCUAAUGUUUUUAUUUAAUUUUUGUAAGUAAGGCUAAUUUGACUUAAAUAUGUAUACUUAAUUAUUUAAUUUAAAGUCUACUUAAAUUGUAGAAA